CACAAGUGUAAUAAAUAAAUAAUUGAUGAAUAAAAUCUUAUGUAUGUAUUUACGCGUUUUUCAUAGCUGUCUAUACAACACAAAUUAAUAAUUAUGCAAAUGCUGAUGUUCUUGAUGCUGAUUAUUUACAUAAAAGCAAAAGUUGAUGAUGCAUCAAUAGAUCCAUCAAAGACAAUUGUUUGGGGUCCAGGAUUAAAGCCAGCAGAAGUGACCAUGCGGGCCAGAUAUUUUUUUUUACAACUUGUUGAUGCGGAUGGAAGAAAUGUAACAAGGUCUCCUGGUAAGGAUAUUGUCGCUGGACAAGUGUCUGGAAGUUCCUCUUCUGGUGGAUUAUGCCGAAUAUGGACCCAAAAUAUUGAUUGUAAUGAUGGCAGCUUUAUUGUGCGUUACAAAGUGUUCAAUACUUGUACAAAUCUCAAGAUUAUAGUAAAGAUUAAAGAUACAGACGUACCAAUAUAUCAGUCAGUAUUCAAAGGCCCUAUUUAUGAAGAAGAAUGUUACUGUCCGAAUCUGUCUGUUACCAACUGGUUGCAUAAUUAUCAGUGCCAAAAGAGUUACACUCAAAUUUAUUCUGAUCUGUCUCCAUUUUCAGAUAUUGAUUUUGCCAAAAUACGCCAGAACAUCAUCAAAACCUACAAUCGUCCGACCAGUGUCAGCAUAUGUCAUUACGUAUUAAAAUCUAACAAAAUUUAUAGACGAUGUUACGGUCAGUACGUUGGCUUUAAAAUAUUUAUGGACGCUAUAUUGCUGUCACUUGCUCGCAAAGUAGUGCUACCCGAUAUCGAAUUCUUUGUAAAUUUGGGCGAUUGGCCGCUGGUGCUUGACAAAGGUCCACUUUACCCUAUCUUUUCGUGGUGUGGAUCCGAAGAUACCAGAGAUAUUGUUAUGCCUACGUACGAUCUCACAGAAUCGUCAUUGGAAGCAAUGGGAAGAGUGAUGUUGGACACACUAUCUGUGCAAGGUAACACCAACCUGCCUUGGGAAAAUAAGAUCGAACAACUGUUUUGGCGUGGACGCGAUUCUAGAAGAGAACGUCUUGAUUUAAUAGACAUCUCGAGGAAGCAUCCGGAGCUGUUCAACGUCUCCAUUACCAAUUUUUUCUUUUUUAGAGAUGAGAUGGAUAAAUAUGGCCCCGCGCAAAAUCAAGUCUCGCUUUUCCAUUUCUUUAAGUAUAAGUAUCAACUGAAUAUUGACGGAACAGUGGCGGCAUAUCGAUUCCCGUAUCUGCUCGCUGGAGAUUCUUUGGUGUUCAAGCAGGAGUCCAAAUACUAUGAGUUCUUUUACAAAGAACUCGUGCCCGGACUGCAUUACGUGCCUGUAAAACGUGAUCUUUCGGACCUGGUCGACAAAAUUAACUGGGCGAGGAAUCAUGACGAGGAUGCAUUGAAAAUUGCUCGAUUAGCUAGACAAUUUUCGAGAGACAAUUUAUUACCAAGUGAUAUAUUGUGUUACUAUACAGUUUUAUUUCACGAAUGGAGUAAACGCUUAAAAAGUAAAGUUGAGAUACUAGAUGACAUGGAAGAAGUACCACAACCUAGUCAUUCUUGCCCGUGUCAUUUUUCAGAUUAUCGCUUUGAAGACGAAUUAUAAUUUAUAAUAAUUUUACAUCUUUGUUUAACAGUGUCUUACGAUUUAUUUGUACACAAUACGAGAUUUAUAUCAUUUACAUUCGAGAUAUACAGAUCCGUACUAUUGUACGAUUAUCAUGUACAUGUACGAAUAGUGCUUCUCAUUUCUUUUAUAUAGAGAAAUUUUAUAGCUAUUGUUAGUGUCAAUAAUAAGUAAAAAAUAUCAGCAUAUAAUUUUUUGAGAAAAUAAACUUUUUUAAUAUUUAAAUUAUCUUUUUUUAUAAUAUGCACUCUUGUAUAUAACCUGUUAGCUAUAUAUAUAUAAAAUUGUAAUAGUUGAACGUGUGAGGAGAAAAUGAUGUUAUUUUUAUACAAUUCUUAGUAAACAAUCGGAUUAUUUCUCGCAAUGAGAGAAUUUUCUUUCUAGAUCCCUAUCUCCGUAAAUCUAAAAAUAUUCCACAAUGU